AAUAAAGGAAGACCCUAGACAAAACUAAAAUCCAAGUACGACCCCACCGUUCUUUCCCCUUUCCUUCCAGUACCUAAACAGGGAUCUCGCCCUCCCUCUCCCUUUCGCCCUGGCAGAAUUAAGAUCGAGAGUUUCUCUUUAAAGGAAGGCAUCAAUCUACCCACCUACUCUUCCAGCCCAGCCGGCAGGCAGAGCUGCCGAGUUCUUUUCUUUGCCUCUCAUCCUAUUUUCUUCAAGUACUUUUCUUCUUUCCAAUCAUCAGUCUCUUUUCCGGUGGUGAGGGCCAUUGGAGGUUCAGAAUGGUAAAGGACAGGGAGAAAGCGGGGGAGCGGAACGUGCUCGUCGGCGUGGUCUGGAACUGCGCCGACAUCAAGCUCCUCCUCACCUCCCUUUUCUUCCUCGGCUCUCUCGCCACCAUCAUCCAGUUCCUCCCUUCCAAUCUCGGCCUUUCCUCCGCCGAUCUCCGCUCCUGCCUGUAUUCUAAGUUCUCCUCCUCCUUUUCCUCCGCCGCCUCCUCUUCUUCCUCCCAAGCUCCACCCCUAAAUCUCUCCUCCUCUGUGCCUACUCCUCAAGCUCUAAAACACGAGGAGGUAACUCCGGAUUCCGUCGUGAAGAGGGCCUUCAACCCUGUGGGUUCCGCUGCGUACCUCUUCGUCCAGAUGGGCGCCUACCGCGGCGGUAGCAACACCUUCGCGGUCGUCGGACUCGCGUCGAAGCCGCUCCAUGUCUUCGCCAAGCCCCGAUUCACCUGCGAGUGGGCCCCCCACGACAAUCCCGGCGCUUCCGUCACCGCCCCGGCUUACAAGAUCCUCCCGGACUGGGGCUACGGCCGCGUGUACACCGUCGUCGUGGUGAAUUGUACCUUCCCCGCCGACGUCGGCGCCGACGGCUCCGGCGGCCGCCUGAUCGUCAACGCCACCACCGGAGGCGGCGCCGAUCGCGCACUCGACGUGGAGGAGAGAUUUGUCGCCCUGGAAGAGGCCCCCGGGAGCGUGAACGCGUCCAUAUUCUCGGCACCGCCCAAGUAUGAUUACCUCUACUGCGGCUCGUCGCUUUACGGGAAUCUGAGUCCCCAGAGGAUGAGGGAGUGGAUGGCCUACCAUGUCAAGCUCUUCGGCGACAAGUCCCACUUCGUUAUCCACGACGCCGGCGGCGUCCACCCGGGGGUGAUGGAGGUUCUCCGGCCGUGGAUGGAGAAGGGGCUCGUAACGCUGCAGGACAUCAGGGAGCAGGAAAGGUUUGAUGGCUACUACCACAACCAAUUCCUGGUGGUGAAUGAUUGCUUGCACAGAUACAGGUUCAUGGCCAAGUGGAUGUUCUUCUUCGAUGUGGAUGAGUUCAUCUACGUCCAGCCGAAGACCACCCUGCAGUCGGUCCUCGCCUUGUUCUCCAGCUACACGCAGUUCACUAUUGAGCAGAUGCCAAUGUCCAACAAGCUCUGUCUCUCGAGCGAUGCCGGGAAGACCCCAAGGAUGUGGGGCUUUGAGAAGCUGGUGUACAGGGACGUGAAGAGAGGAGUGAGAAGGGAUCGAAAGUAUGCGAUCCAGCCUCGCAACGUCUUCGCGACUGGCGUGCACAUGUCCCAGAACAUAGCUGGGAGGAGCCUCCACAAGACGGAAGGCAGGAUUAAGUACUUCCACUACCAUGGCACGAUUGCCGACAGAAGAUAUCCCUGCAAGGUGUUUGUUAAUGAUACCACACUAACCUUCGAGGGCACGCCUUAUGUCUUCGAUCCAACCCUCCGACAACUCGCCGGCUUGGUCAAGAGAUUCGAGCUCAAGACCAUUGGAUCCCGGCUUCAGCGCACGCGGCAAUAAUACCUACGUUCUUUGAUUCUUUUCUCCUUGUCUCAUUAUUAUAUACACGUGAAGUUUUUGUUUAGUUUUAUAUGUUUUUUUUUUUGUUAUAUUGUUAAUGCUGAGCGCUUCUUAUAUAUAGAUGGAGUAUAGGCAUAUCAAAUUGAAUAGAUUCCCUUCUAUGUUGGGCUAAUUAACUUUCUCUAAA